CCAGCCCGGAGCUGAAGGAGCCGAUUGGCCGCUCGCAGCGCGUGGCGGCGGACGUUGGUGCCUUUGAAUGCAGGGAGCGGCGCGCGGCCCCAGUAGCAGCUAUGGCGUUCUGCGCGGCUCCGCUGCGGCGCUUCAGCGAGGAGCAGGCGUCUAACUUGCCACGAGGCUCCUGUGACAUCAAGUCUUCAGCUGCCCCGAGGAAUCCUUCAUCCUCUGAACCACAUCAGCAUGUUAGGAAACAGAAGAGUGAGACGUGUCUGAACAAUGAGAAGAAUACAACUGCCUCUGCAACUGGAAGGAGACUUGCAUCUCUUGGAUCAUUACCGGUUAGUGGGAGUCUGAAGCCUAGAAAAGAUCUUAUCCUUAUGAGAGAGAAAAAGAAACAGAAGACACUGGAGAAGGAGAUUCGUGCAUUAGUGAGAGAGCGUGGAGAGCAGGAUAAAAAACUUCAGGCCCUGGAUGAAGAUUUUGUUAAGAUGGAAGCUAAGCUGAGUGCUGCAGUUCAGGAGAAAACCUCUCUUUUGGCAAACGUUGCUUGCCUGAAAAAACAGCUUCUGGAAUUAACAAGAACCAAUGAACUACUGAAAUCUAAGCUAUCUGAAGAUAGUGUGCAGAAGAAAAUGAGCAGUCUAUGCAUGGAGUUAAUGAAGCUCAGAAACAAGAGGGAUGCUAAGGAAAAGACUGCACUUGCAAAGCAGGAGAACAUGGAAAUGAAGCUGCAGGAAGUACAAAGGAAUCUGGAGCAUUCAAAAGGAAAAGUAGCACAGCUACAAGAAAAACUAUCUGCUACGGAGAGAGAGAAAGUGGAAGAUAAAUCUGACACUGAAAAGCUCCUGGAGUAUAUCACAGAGCUCAGUAGUGUUGCAGAAGGCGUAGAGAAAUACAAACUAGAUGUUGCUCAGAUGGAGGAGAUGUUGAUAAAGAAAGACCAAGACAUCAAGAUCCUGAGGGAUACACUCAGAACAAAAGAGGAAGAAUCAAAUAUGCUGAUCAGAGCACUUAAUGAAAGGUGUGAGUUGCUUGAGCAAGAGAAAGAGAGAGAAUCUUCUGAGAGCAGAGGAAAAGUCCUGAGUAUGAAUGCUGAAAUAGAAGACCUGAAAAAAAAAAUUCUCUUAGAAGAGCAAGAACACCAAAAACUGCUUCAGAAACAAGAGGAGUUCAUCUCUCAGCUGCAGCAAGAGAGGGAGUUGUCUGCAUCUGUGCAUCAGAAGUUACAAAAUCUUCAAGAUGAGGUAACAAGUGAGAGACGUCUCUUGGAAGAGGAGCUAAAGAGUGCAGUGAAUGAGCUGGACAAACUACAUGCUAAGGAGAAGAAAGCUGAGAAGUUGGUGAAGCUGCUGGAAAAAGAAACCAAAUCUAAAGCUCUUGAACUUGCACAGAUGGAAGUAAAGUUGAAAGGGAAGAAUGCUGAGUUGGAGCAAAUCAAGGAAAUGCACAGCAAUACAGUUCUGCAAAUCCAAGAAGAGCUCAGCAACACACUGCGUCAACUGGGAGAGAAUGUUGCAGAGUUUGAAAGCUACAAGAAGAGAACAGCUGAAGAAAUACACAAUCUUAAGCUGGAGAACACCUCUCAUCAGGAACAAGUUACUGACCUAAAAAAAAUAUGUGAAGAUAAUCUACAGCUGCUUCAGGAAGCAGAAUACACUAAAAACAAGGCAAAAGAAGAAUGUGCAAGGAUGAUUUUAGAAGCCCAGACAAAGCUUGCACUAAAAGAAGCAGAAGCAGAGAAAACAAAAGAGUCUUGCCUCAUACAAGUGACUAAACUACAGGAAAAACUGGAAGAGCUAACUGAAGAUCUGAAAAAAAAAUCUGAAGUGGAAAAAUCAAGGAAAACCAUACAUGAAGAUGUGACCUCUAGCUUAAAAGAAGAGAUAAAGACCUGGCGUAAUCUAUAUGAAGAAUUGCAUAACAAAACUAAGCCUUUUCAGCAACAACUAGAUGCAUUUGAAGCAGAGAAAAAUGCUCUCUUAAAUGAGCAUGGUGCAGCCCAAGAAGAACUGAAUAAACUAAGCGAAGCAUAUGCUAAACUACUUGGCCAUCAAAACCAGAAACAAAAAAUCAAACAUGUUAUGAAGUUGAAGGAAGAUAAUACCCACCUGCAGCAGGAUAUCUCAAAACUGCGUGCGCUUCUUGCAAAAGAAAAACAAGCAAACAGAGAUCUGCAGGAGCAGCUAUAUACAAUUCAGGGCAUUAGGCGUUUUGAUCCUUCUAAAGCUUUCCAGCAUGAUAGCAAGGAAAAUAUUCCUCCAAAAACUCCUUUUAAAGAAGGUAAUAGAAACAAAGUUUAGUCUCUUCCUGCUAUUGAGAAACACAUCACCAAUAAAUUCACGUACUACAGAAGAUUUCAGCAGGCUAUUUGUUCAAGAUGGACUUGGAGGCCGUAUGUAAUAGACAUUGGUAUGACUACUAGGGAAGUGAUAAAGUAAUCUGUCUUCAGAAAAGCUGGUCACGCUCUUACUUGAAGACAACGUAACUGGCAUGUUCCCCGCUCCUGGUCGUAUCACCGUAACUGCCAUUGUUUGACUUGUUUACUGAAGCUACUUUGGUUUUUAGUAGGUCAGCUUGAGUUCAGAAAAGGUGAAUAAUGACUGGGGAAAAAGGAUGACAAACAAAACAUACCUUUGUGAAUAUGCUAUUUUGUAACUAUCUAGUUUCUGCAAUUUAUGUUAAAUUAAUUUUGCUGGCUAUGGUUGCUUUGAUGCCAAUGGCAGGAAUGCUUUCUAAAGACUCUCUUUGUAUUGUGGCUUAUGUAAUAUAGAUCAAAUGUAAAAACCAUAUUGUGGGGUUGGCAUGGGUAUUUUUAAUGGGAUCCAUAUUUAAGACAUGUUAAUUUCCAGCCUGGGGCUGGAUAAUGCAGCUUUCUUCUUCAGAAAAGGAUUUCCAGGUCAAACUUCAAACAACUGCCUCGUCCACCUAAAUGUUUGUAUCGUGGCUAAGAGAAGUGUGAGCAUAACAUCUGUCUUAAGCGAAGUCUGUUUUACAAGACUCUUGAAUUCUCAUGGUCAUUUUAGUUGUCUAUCUUAUCAAUGUUAUGUGAAGGAGAAUACCAACAGAACUUGGUUUAAUUGAGUGAGAGGAUGCCCACUACACAUUCAUUGUAUAGAGCUGGAUUUUGGCAAGGUGGAAGUAAUCUGAAAUGCAUCAAAAAUCAAGGAUAUUUUAGCAGAAUAAAUAUUUUCAAUGAUGUUUUGUCCAUCUCCUUUAUGAAGGGAUCAAAAAUAAAAUCAAAUCACACUGUAAGUGACCUAGUGUUCAAAACUUAAAUCUUCCUAUCAGAUCUCAUUGUCAGUCUUGCCUGAAGGACGAUGCAAUUCUCUAUCCUUACAGAAGAAACUAUUUAGCUGAGCUGCCCGAUGUACACGACUUGCAAAUCCCUUAUUCUCUCACUUCCUGUGGAUUUCUGUUAAUACAGAAGUAAUGGAACAAGUGAAACGUGGAACUGCUUUUGCUAAUUCUGUAUAUUACCAUCUUGUAUGUGACUGCAGCUAAGAGUCCACAAAACUUAUGUUAUCUAUACUGACAUCACAAGAUUAUGGAGUAUGAUGGUACUGAGGAAAUAAGAAACUAAAAAUGCAAAUUAAGUCCAAGGAAGUGAGUUGAUAGAUCUUGUACACUAAUGCCAUCUUUGUGUGUUUGCUGGGUUAUUUGAACUUGUAAAGAGGAGGAUUAAAUGUGUAUGUUUCAACUGAGAAA